UCCACAGAAAAACAGAAGAGAAGAAAGUCAAAGUCAAAUGGGAGGUGGCUAAGCCUAGCCUUCAAUGUUUCUGUGUACUCUGCAAAUACAUAGAUUCAUUCUCUUCCCUCAAACCCUUUCAAUCCCUUUCUCUCUCAUAUCUCCUCAAAAAUGGGAAUUUCAGUUAGCAGUAAUAGAAGAAGAAACAAUACUCACUACCACCACCAUCCCCCUCCACCCUACUAUUACUCAACAGAGGCCUCCUCUCUCCCUCCGCCGCCGCUAAAUUACUUUCCUGCGCCAACCCAACCGACAUCCUACCCUCCAUCCCAUAAUCCUUAUCCUACGCCACCUCCACCAAUUCAUAUUCACUCCAAUCACUCUUCCCAUCCCUACCAUGCAUCCAGGUAUCCAAGCAGAUUCAGUGAUCGGCCUUACUAUUAUGCUAAUCAGACUAAUGAGUGGCCUGUGAUUAGGCCUAAUGUGGGUACUGGGCAGCCAAUUGAGCCGCCUCCUUAUAUUGAGCAUCAGAAUGCAAAGAAGGUCAGAAAUGACGUGAACGUCCAUAAGGACACGUUAAAGGUUGAAAUUGACGAGCAGACCCCUGAUAAUUACUUGGUUUCUUUCGUUUUUGAUGCUUUGUUUGAUGGGAGCAUUACAAUUUUCUAUUUUGCAAAGGAAGAGGUCAACUGUAAGUUUGUUCCUCUAUUUCCUGAAGCCCAUUUGCCUCUGAGAAUCCCCUUCCAGAAAGGUCUUGGCCAGAAAUUUCGUCAGCCUGUAGGAACCGGCAUCGACUUAGGUUUCUUCGAGUUGGAUGAUCUCUCAAAACCAUCACCUGGAGAAGAUGUUUUUCCACUUGUAAUAGUUGCUGAAACAUGCUUGCCAGUUGAUUCAACAGAUGAAUAUGAUGAUUCUGUGCAAAACACUUCUGGCCACAUGCAGAUUACUCAAGCUGUUCUUGAGAAGAAGAAUAGUGACUCUUUCCAAGUAAAAGUAGUAAAGCAAAUUUUGUGGAUUGAUGGAGUUCGAUAUGAGCUACGAGAGCUUUAUGGAGAAGGAAGCUCAGCAUCUGAAGGCUUCAAUGAAUGUGACCCUGGGAAGGAAUGUGUGAUUUGUAUGUCUGAACCUAAGGAUACUGCUGUAUUACCUUGCAGACACAUGUGUAUGUGCAGCGAGUGUGCAAAAGCAUUGAGGCUUCAAUCAAAUAAGUGUCCCAUAUGUCGUCAACCAAUCGGAGAACUUAUAGAGAUCAAGAUAAACAAUGGUGGUCAAUAAGAAAAUUCUUUGCUUUGCACCAAUUUGUCUUUAUGGUAAAGAAAUCAACUCUUUCUUUCUUAUAACAUAUUUGCCCUUGGAAUGUGUAUGUUAAUUAUUUUGUAUAUUUUGUCCCUGUAUCAAUUGUCAAGUUUUUUUUUGCCUUUGUACAAAGAUAUAUGUUAGAACUAAUUUUCCAAAUUCAAAUUAUGAAGAUAAAUAUUAAUUGAGCCUUUAGCCAUAUAAA